UCAACGUGGUCGCGACCGUGAGUCUUAUCAGCCGCUCCCGAAUUCUGUUACUCUUUCUUACACCCAGCUAACUCUGGUCUGUCACCCAUGUUGCACGUGCUGGUCCAGUGGGCUCUGUUGGCGGUAGCCACGCCCACAGCUGCAGAGUCCCAGAAGCGGUCUAAUGUAUGCUAUGAUGGUCUGGGAUGUUUCGACACCGCCCCGCCAUUCUUCAGCCUGUACCGACCCCUCAACUUCCUCCCACAGUCCCCUCUGCAUAUCCACGUCCAGUUCCUUCUGUACACCAAGCUGAACCCUGUGAAGGCCCAGUACCUGUCUGCCGGCAGUGCUCACUCGGUGUCGUCGUCACACUUCGACCCCGGGAAACCUACCAAGAUGAUCACACACGGGUUUAUCGAUACGGGGAAGGAACCAUGGCUUCACACAAUGAAGGACGAGUUUCUGAAAAACAACGACUACAACGUCAUCAUCAUCGACUGGGGCGGCGGCUCGGCUCCCCCGUACACCCAGGCCACAGCCAACACCAGGAUUGUAGGGGCGAUCAUUGCUCAACUGAUUACAUACCUCAAAACUGAGGCAGGAGCAAAACCUGAAGACUUCCAUAUCCUCGGUCACAGUCUGGGAGCCCACGUUGCAGGCUAUGCAGGGGAGAGAAUCCAGUACGUGGGCAGAAUUACAGGAUUGGACCCAGCUGAUCCGUACUACCAGAACACAGACAUCAAAGUGAGGCUCGAUCCGACUGAUGCUCUGUUUGUGGACAUCAUACACACUGACGGCGAAUCGAUUCUUAAACUGGGUUAUGGGAUGCGGCAGGCGUGUGGACACGUGGACUACUUUCCUAAUGGCGGAAUGACGCAACCAGGCUGUGACAAGGGUCCCAUCACUCAAAUCAACAUUGGUGGAGUGGCGGAAGGUGUGAAACAGUUCGUGGCUUGUAACCACCUACGUUCAUACGCGCUAUUCACGGAAUCCAUCAACUCCAAGUGCCCAUUUGAGGGAUUUAAAUGCAACAGCUAUGACGAUUUCAAUAACGGCAGAUGUAUGCCUUGUAGCGGGAAGGGGUGUGGCUCCAUGGGUUUUCAUGCCGACCGUGUAAAACCAAGCGGCCACCAGACCUUAGUGAAGUACUUCCUCAAGACAGGUGGAGAAGGACCAUUCUGCCGCUUCCACUAUCAAGUGAAACUGUCUUUCGGCAAGCCGGCCGCAGCACGGACAGAGACAGGCAACCUGUUUGUAACGCUUAUCGGAACUGGAGGCCAGAGUGGCGAGAUUCAGCUGAACAGCGGUGACAUCGAUGUGAUCCCGGGACGCACCUUCAGUUUCAUUGUGACGUCACAGACAAACCUUGGCGACAUAUCGCGGAUUACCUUCCGGUGGAGUCACUCAUCCCAUUGGUAUAAGCCUCUUGACUGGAAUCCGUUAGGCCUUCGCGAGCCAUAUGUCUUCCUGGACGGUGCUGUCAUUGCCAGUGGCGAAGAAGCGAAAUCGAUCCACAUCUGCGGACACAACCUGCCCGUCCCCAACAACUCUCCGAAACAGCUGAGUCAGCGAUGUUGAUCUUCCUCCGUUGGCCAACCGUGUUUGAAAUUGAAUGGAAUAAAUACAAUUGUUGUA